AUGCCCAGUCAACUGCGUAAAAUCCUAGUCCUUGGGGCAACUGGUGUCAUUGGCCGAUACAUCGUCAAAGCUAUUGCAGCGGCUGCUCCAACUUCUUUCGACCGCGUCGCUAUCUUCACCUCUGAGAACACUAUCAAUACAAAGAAAGAACAGAUCCAAUGGCUCAAAGACCAUGGAGUUGAGAUCAUCGUCGGCGACCUGACCGAUGAAGCGCGCGUUCGCGAAGCUUAUCAAGGAUUCGACACAAUCGUAAGCUGCUUGGGUCGAAAUAUGAUUGCUGCUCAGAUCAACCUCAUCCGAAUCGCCGAGUCCUGCCCGAACGUCAUUCGAUUCUUCCCGUCCGAGUACGGCACCGACAUCGAGUACGGGCCGCAGUCGGCUCACGAGAAGCCGCACCAGUUCAAGCUGCAGGUGCGGAAAUUUAUCCGAGAGGAGGUAAAGAGACUCGAGCACACCUACCUCGUUACGGGCCCGUACGCGGACCUCUACCUGGAGAAUGCAAGCAAGUGCCCUCGCGCGGGGACGUUCGAUGUCGCGAACAAGAAAGCCGUUCUACUUGGUGAUGGUAAUGGGCGGAUCAGCCUUACAACUAUGAGCGACGUAGGCAAAGCCCUGGUAGCGGCGAUCAUCAACAACGAGGCCUCCUGCAACCAGGCGCUCAAAGUCAACUCAUUCACCACAACGCCAAAUGAGAUCCUAGCCGAGUUUGAGCGGCAGACUCAGGCCAAGUGGGAGCGGGAGUAUACGUCGCUGACGGAGCUGAAGCAGCUGGAGCAGGAGCUUUGGGAGGCGAAUAAUCCACUGGCGGUUGUGGCUACCUUGCGCAGGAUCUGGACGGAGGGUGGGACUCUUUACGAGAUGAGAGACAAUGGCAAGAUCCAUGCGCCGGAUAUGGAUACUUUGGAAAUAGCUGUUGCGCGUGCCAUUGAAGCUCAGAGUGCUUGA